AUGACGGCGCACAACCUUGCGUCCCAUGCUGCGCACAAGUUGCGAGCCCGGCGCGAGAUUGUCGAAAUGCUAAAGUACUUUGGCUUUCUUGCCCUCUUUCUCACCGAAGUCCUUCUUCACUCCUCGAGCGACACGCGCUUCAUGCUCGGACGCCUCGUGCGCACCCAGCUCCUUGAGAAGGAGUUCCAAAUUCCAAACUCGUCCGUGUACAAGUCGUACCUCACAGUCGACACGGUCGACGAAUUUCACGAAUUUCUUGUGGGCCCGUUCUGGUUUUCGGUGUUUGCAGCUGGAUCGUUUGACGCCGACACAAGUUACCCAGAGGGACCGCUGUAUGGCGCCCGUGGCUUCUUGGGUGGCGCCAACCAGAUUCUGGGCACCAUUCGCAUCGGCCAGCUACGGGUGCAAGCCCAGCCGUGCGCCGGGGUCAUUCCGACUGCAAAUCUCACGCAGCCCUAUUGCUUUCCCGACUACGCCUCUGAUGUCGAGAGCAAGGAGCCGUUUGGCCUCACUCGGACCUAUUAUCCAAGCGAGCACGAGUCCGAGCCGACCUUCAUUUCGGUAUCGAAUCGCGCGUACCCGGGCCCGACGUUCACGGUGGAGCUCCACAACCACGAGUCGGACGAGUGCGACGUCGGCACCAAGCACGGCUGCGAAGUCUACGAGGAGCUCGAGGCGCUACGCUCGACCAAGUUUUUCGACGCGGCGACACGGGCCAUCUUUGUCGACCUCUCGACGUAUAGCUACAACGCGGACGCGAUUACAGUCGUUCGACUGUUCUUGGAGCAAACCAUGGGCGGUGGCCUCCUCGCCACGAAGAACGUCGUGAGCUUCCGACCGUAUCCGACGACCACGGUCUCGGACCGCAUCUACAUUGCUGUGGAAGUCGCCUUGUACCUUGUCGUGCUCGGACAGGCGUACACGGCGCUGACAAAUUUGCGAUACGAUGGACUCUCCUAUUACCGCGGGCGCGGCAGCUUGACCAACGACGUCAAUAUCGUCCUCUUCUUUGUCGUCGCCGCGCUCAAAAUGCUCAUGUUUGUUUCCUUGCCAACAUCGUUUCCGGCAGAUACGUACAUCAACCUCCGCACGAGUGCCAACUACGACUACUUGUCCCAAAGCGUCAACAGUCUCAACUGCUUUCUUUCGAUUCUCAAAGUCUUUAAGUACCUCUCGUUUUUACCGACCUUUAGCAUCCUCACGUCGACGGUCUCGAGCGCGCUGCAUGAGCUCCUGGGGCUUUUCAUCAUGAUUGCGAUCUUGCUCUUUGGUGGUAGCAUGGCGUUUACUCUUGCGUUUGGGACCUCGCUCGCGCACUAUAGUGUGCUCUUGCACAGCUUCUACUCGCUGAUGAGCAUAUUUACGCUCAAAUUCGACGUCGAAGAGAUUUUUGAAGUCAACCGCGUUCUGGGCCCGCUCUUCUUCAUCUCGUUCGUUGCGCUCAUCGUGCUCGUCAUCAUGCACAUGCUCAUCGCCUGCUUUGCCAAUGCCUACUUGGAGCAGAAGGAAUCGCACUUGCUGGCGCAAACGAUGCACGCGUCGUCCAUGGGCCACGAAAUCGCCAACCAUCUUCUCUACCACGUGCUCUUUCGUAUCCCGUACCUUGGACCGCGGGUUUUCCAGCCCUUGUACCAGCGUCUUGCUGCAGCAAACAGCAGCAGUAGCGAUAUGGCACCCGCCUUACAAACGAGCACGCACGAGUUUUCGUCGUCGUCCGCCAUGAAGCUCGUGCACAAGCCGACGCACCCGUCGUCGGCCCAUGCUACAGGCCAAAUCGUGCCUGUGAACGCCUCGGCUUUGGAGGAAAUGAAUCAAAUCGACGCCAAAAACCAAGACGUACUUCACCUCAUUGAGGAACUCGAAGACGCGCACACGGCACUCGUCAAGGACAUUGACCGCGUCCUGGAGCAGCUCGCGCAGCACAAGAUACGUCAUGGCCCUGAAGUGGACCGCCUUGGCAACCAGCUGGACGCACUCAAAAAGAUGGAGGACGAGUUCGAGGCCUGCAUCGCGUCACUGGCCGCGUCCUAGUCGCUUCUGUUAUGUUGUAAAUCCUUGCGAAUAUAUAUAUUGCGUUUCAUGUCGA